AUGAAGAUGGUGGCUUCGAGCUUGCUCCCUGGAGCAUGUAUUCUGUUCGCUGCUGUUGCUGUUGCUGGAGCCCACGGUCUAUCUGAUGUUGAGCUCGGUCUGGGGUAUAGUGUCAGUGACAUGCCAAUGUCUCGACCGAGGUCGUUGAUGGCGAGUUUGAAGAGGGAUAAGAUGGAUAGGCUGGCGAAGAGGGAUGAUUCAUUCGCUAGGUGGUGCGGGAAACAUUACCAAGUUGGCAGCCCUGCCGAUUCUGAGGAGGUUUAUGCUGGUUUGUUUCCCGUACCUUCGACUUCGGAUACCCCACUGUUGGAUUUCAGGUGUUCGCCGGCCAUACAGCCAUACCUUCACGAUGAGACCGAGGGUUCCUUCAUCAUCGAUGCGAACGUGACGUAUGAUGUUGGUACUUCGUUCACUGCGUCCUCGAACGAUUCUUCUUCCUCCUCGGACGUCCUGAACGUCAUGAUCCAAGUCACGAACUCGUCCACCACCCUCAUCUCCAACAUAACAGUCCCAGUCGGUAGCACCGGAACCAUCAUCCCAUUCCCUCUCUCAUCUAUCCCACCGUCUACUUCUCCCUACACUAUCUCCUGCUCUGCCGUCCUCGACUCGGACGCAACUCAAACCUUCGCUGCCUCCAGCAAAGUGUACAACCUCCCUCCCAAUCCAUACAUCGCAGACGCCACGAACACUACCUCUGUGGCGACUAAGAUCGACAGGAGAAGCGGCGCCAUGUUGAGGGUUGAUAAGGAGAGCGGAGAGUGGAAGGCCUUCUUGCCGUAUGGGUUUUAUACCGGGUUCAGUGAUAUUAUCGCGAAUCUGAGUGUUGUCGACGCUAUGGCUGAAGAUGGGAUGGGUGACGAUGUUGACCGCUGUGGCGCAACUAGGUUCAACGUGAUUCAUCUCGUCCCGGGAUACGACAACACCUCGAUUGUCGAGACGGUAUUGGAUCGUGCAGAUGCAGCUGGUAUCAUGUAUAUCGCCGACUUCCGCGAUAUCUACGAGAACUUGACCGCCGUGGCUGCUUAUGUUGAGAUUUUCCGUACGAGGGAGAAUUUCUUGACAUGGUAUACCAACGAUGAGCCUGAUGGUCCUGCUGACCCAUCGAACUAUACGACCGCUGCCUACGAUAUGUUCUACGAAAUGGAUGGUUAUCACCCUGUUUCUCUUGUGUUGAACUGCCUCGACUUUUACUGGACGAACUACACCUCGGGAGCCGAUAUCGUCUUCGCAGACGUCUAUCCGAUUGCGGUAAAUACGAGCUACUCUGACCGUUAUGGAACAGUCUGCAACUUCACCUACGGCUGCUGCGGUUGCGAUGAUUGUACGGGCGAACUCACCGACAUCUCCAACAAGAUCGACCUGUGGUCCGAAUACAGACGAUUCGUCGGCCGCACCCGCGAACUAGCCAUCUGGAACGUCCCCCAAGCAUUCAACGGCACCGGCGAAUUCUGGACACGCAUCCCCACCGGCGCCGAAUUCAAGAUGCAGUCCGUCCUCGGCGUAAACCACGGUGCAGUAGGCAUCAUGCCCUGGGACAACCCUUACGACACGCCCGAUAUCGCUCAAGGGGCUCGCGAGAUCGCCCCUAUCUUUUCGUCGCUCUCUUCGCCUAUUGUCGCUUUGCUUUUGGACCCCAAUGCGACCCGGACACUCUUGACGGCGGAGAACGAGAACACGACGAGUGUGGAUAUAGCGAGGUGGAUCGUUCCCGCUUCAGGGAACGAGACGACGGUACUUGUGCUCAUGACAAGUCUUUUAUACGAGAACUCGACAGUGGAGGUGGAUGUGAAGCAGGAUGGGCUGGAAGAGAAAGAUUUGACGUUAGUUGACAGUGUGUUUGGGAGUGGGGAAGAGGCGGAUGCGGUCGUUGAAGAUGGGGUACUGACGAUCACAUUGGGGAGUACAGGCAUUGCGGGCUUCGUUUUUAGUGCUUAA